AUGGCCAUGAAAUUGGAUAUAAGCAAAGCUUAUGACAGGGUUGAGUGGGAUUUCCUCGAGGCUACUAUGAUUAAGAUGGGCUUUGACAAUCGAUGGGUGUCCCUGAUCCUUAAAUGUGUUCGAUCUGUGGAGUUUUCUGUGAUUAUUAAUGGCAGUCUAGGCAAGUGUUGUGCCCCACAAUAG